AUGGAACAGAUCCUCUGCAACAAUGCCAAUGCCUACCCCGAUACCACUGCAAUCGUGGACCAUGGCCGCAGCUAUACCUACAAAGACCUAAUGGCAGCUGCUCUUGCUCUGGCCACUGACCUUCACAAACAGGAUAUGAAGCCGGAAGAACCAGUGUGUGUCUUUCUAGGCCCUGGUGCUGGCCAGAUUGUCAGCCAAGUUGCCAUUAUUCGUGCUGGAGGGACAUGCGUCCCCGUUGAUCCUUCCAUGCCGGAUGCGCGACUACACGAGAUGCUCGCGGACGUUGAAACUCGCCUUGUCCUGACGACGGAGGACUUGGCGUCCAGAGUAUCCAACUUCAAUGUCAUCCUGGUUGACAAUGUAACCAGGGAAGAUAUCAAACACGCAACAGGAGAUGGUGUCCAUGCCCUCGCCGCUCGGCCGGACUCGCAUCGCAGCCAUUUGCUGUUUACCUCUGGCUCAACCGGAAAGCCUAAGGCUGUCCAAAUCCCAGCAAGGGCAAUCAUCCAUCUUGCCACGACGUCUCCAAUCCAGUUGACAAACGGCGAUCAGGUGGCGGAAUUCAACAAUUCCGGAUUCGACCUGUCCCUUUUUGAAAUAUGGGUGCCGCUACUCUCUGGGGCGACUAUAAUCUGCAUUCCUAAGGAGGUGGUCACGGAUCCCUUUGCUGUUGGAGACUUCUUCACCAGCAACAAAGUCACCGCAGCACUCAUCCCCACCAGCCUGUUCAUUCUGCUGGCCACCACCUCACCAUGUUGCUUCCGAGCUUUGCGACACCUUGUGACCGCGGGCGAGCGAGCCAGUUCCAAAGCUAUCAGACAGGUUCUCGAGAGCGACAGCCCUCCGCAGAAUCUCUGGAAUGCCUACGGACCGACAGAGUGUACCUGCUAUUCGACGGUAGCCAGGGUGACACUGGCCGAGGCACAGACGGACAGCGUCAACAUCGGUCAUCCGUUCGGAGAGACGAAAGUAUACAUUUUAACCGAGGAUUUGAAGCCCGUCCAGGACACAGAAACACAGGGAGAGAUCUGCAUUGCUGGUCCUGGCGUCUGCCUGGGAUAUCUGAAUGAUCCCAAAGCCAACACGAACAAGAUUGUCGAAUUUAGUCCGGAAGACAUGGAUCCAGUUUUGCUGUGUAGGACUGGUGAUAUGGGCAGGUGGAGAGAGGUUGGAAAGUCCAUGGACUAUAUCGGCCGUAUCGACGACCAGAUCAAACUACAAGGAUACCGUGUCGAGCUGGGCGAUAUUGAACAGACGCUGGAAGGCCACGAGAAUGUGAAACAGGCUGUCGUGCUGCAUGCAAAAGAGCAAGGAGAUCGAUUAGUUGCCGUGGUUGUGUUGCAAGACAGCGCGGAUUCCGAAUCUACCUGUCUCAAUAGAAUGAGACAUUGGAUCUCCGAUCGCCUUCCUCAUUACAUGGUUCCGAAUGAGAUCAAGUGCAUUGACAAGCUUCCCUUGAACAGCCGUGGCAAGGUUGAUCGCAACAAUUUGAAGGGCAUGGUGUUGAAUGGGCCCAAGCAAGGGAGAAGAGAGACAGCCCCCGAUGCGAACGAAGCACAAACAAUAUUCCAGUCAAUCCUGAACGAGAUACUGGGUAUUCCAGAUAUCGAGCCCGAUCAAUCCAUCACCGAACUGGGCCUCUCUUCAUUGGGAGCGGCCAGGCUGCUGGGGCGGAUCAAAGAGGAAUUCGGAAAGCCCGUAUCCAUGGUCCAACUAUAUCAAGACCCUACCAUUAAAGGACUAGCCCAUUUUCUUGAUCUCGACAUUGAAUGGAACUAUGGUCCAUCUGAGAUUCUGCAGCUCGAAGCUGACAGUAAGAUAUGCGACGACCUUCAAGCCAAUCGGACUUCUCAAGCUGUGCCGGACUGGAUGAAAGAGGGCAGAGUAUUUCUGACCGGUGCAACUGGAUUUCUCGGAGCCAACCUGAUGAGCAGACUCGUGCAAAUGGAAAAUAUCAAACAGGUUGCGUGUCUAGCAAGAAGCCAGGGAACUAGCACAGCAAUGGAGAGGAUAGAGAGCAGUCUGCGCAAGUACCGUCUCUGGAAUGAUACCGUGGCCGAAGCAAUAAAGAAAAAGGCCAUUGUACUAGACGGAGAUAUCACGCAGGAGCAACUUGGACUGGAAGGGGCCGACUUUCAAUGGCUGAUUGACUGGACUCCAGCGAUCAUCCACGCCGCUGCGAAAGUCAAUUGGUGCGCUCCAUAUAGUGCCCAUUUUGCCCCAAACGUCACCGGGACCCGAAAUGUCCUCUCCGUUGCUCUCCAGGGACGGUGCAAGUCAUUUCACUAUGUCUCAAGUAUCGACGUGUGGACAGUCACUGGGUUAAUUCUAGGAACCGAUCGAGUUUCUGAAGACGGGCCACUCAAAGUCCACCUCGCAUCUCUCCCGUUCGACACCGGAUACGCUCAAAGCCAGUGGGUCGUCGAUGAGAUGGUGCAGAGAGUCCGAGACAGAACGGGCAUCCCAGUCACUAUCUACCGUCCUGGGUUUGUGGUGGGCGACAGCAAGACCGCAGCAGGCAACCCAGAUGAUUUCUUUAGCCGAAUGGUAGUCGGAUCCAUUCAGCUGGGAUAUUGGCCCCAGCUGCCCGAGCAAAACAUGGAGUAUGUCACGUCAGAUUAUGUAUGCGAUGGCCUGUUGCAUAUCGCAGCCAACCCCGACAAUCUAGGCAAAUGCUUCAGUCUGACGGCUGGGGAUCGAGCACUGUCCACUUACAUGGACACUCUGGGAAAAUUCAUCAACCAGGCAGGCUUCCCUGUCCACCAAAUCCCAUUCAAGGACUGGGUCCAGAAGCUCCAGCAGUGGCCAGGUCUUGGAAAGAGCCCUCUUCUAUCACUGAUGCCUCUCCUCACCGAGCCGGUUCUUCGGGGAUACACUCGUCUAGAAACAAGCAAGUUUUCCCCGGUCUACGAAUGUACCAACACGCGAAAGGCAUUGAAGGAUAGUCCAGGUAUCCAUCACAUCGAGCUUACUCCGGAGCUGGUACGGAGGUUCAUCCAGUUUUGGGUUGAGGAGGGGUACCAUGUAGUCUGA